AUGUACAAUGCUGUUCAAGCGGCCGACAGCGAAAUUAACCUUGUACAUUCACGUUACGCAAAAAAUGACACUUCUAAAGUACUGUGGGCAAUAUUUGAGAUUGAUAAGCUCACAUCUAGAAAGCCAAAGGUCUUAGAAUAUAAAAUACGUUCAUCUGAAAUAGGCGAGAAUCAAAUGAUUAUGAUGCAUGAGGAAGACCCUGCCUAUAAGGAUCCAUAUAUAUUAAGUGGUUUCAUGGCUCUGCAAAUUGCGAUUGAGAAAUCUUUUGUGGAGAUGUGGACAAAUCCGACACUACCAAAGAUCGCUGAUAAUCUAACUAUUGGCCGAUUUCCAUUUUAUAAAGUCAAUUUUUUAAUUUUACCGUAUGUCAUUCGACCUAACAUAAGCAUAAUCUAUUAUGUGAUGGUUAUUGCUUUCCUUUUACUGCCAGCAGCAACGUUAAGAAGAGCACUUCACGAUAAAGAAACUGGAUUCAGAGGUCUUAUGAGAUUAACAAAUAUAUCUUUUACAAUGUUGUAUAUCGGAUGGCUCAAUUAUCUUAUGAUCAUUCUAUUACCCGUGACGAUUGUAUGCACAAUCCUCCUGUUUUCUGUGUUUUCGGCUGCAAACGCGUUAGUCAUUGCUAUAUUUAUCAUGAUGUACAAUAUACUAUCAAUGUUCGUCAUGUUCACCAUCAGUACACUUUUCGACCAUCCCAAAUUGUUUCAAUCCAUUAAAAUCGGUUUCAUCAUGCCUAAGUUUACAAAUUUUGAAAUGGCAGAUAUGCACUUUGCCUACGGUCUUGCAAAUGGUAACUCACGGAAUACUAUUGAUCUUGGAAAGCCUAUGACAGUUAGAACACCAGUACUAGAGGAAGCCGUUCUUAACGAAAUCGAAGCACAUCCAGAAACAAGCACAAGGAAAAUAGCUAGGACAUUAAAUGUGAGUAAUUAUGUCAUCUGGAGAAUUUUGAAAGAACAACAGUUAUAUCCUUAUCACAUUCAACGUGUACAGAGACUUUUACCAUGUGAUUUCCCACAAAGACUAGCUUUUUGUCAAUGGAUUCUUCAGAAACUAGAAGAAAAUCCUCAAUUCUUAUCUCAAGUUCUCUUCACCGACGAGGCUAACUUCUCCAGAAACGCAAUUAUUAAUUUUCAUAAUAACCAUUUAUGGAGUGACGAUAACCCAUACACGAUAAUCGAAUCUAGGUUCCAUCAACAAUUUUCAUUGAAUGUAUGGGUUGAUAUUGUUGAUGAUUUCUUAAUUGGGCCCUACUUUCUUCCAUUAAGAUUUGAUGGUGUAUUAUAUCGGAAAUUUCUUGAAGAAGAUCUACCUCAACUUUUACAAGAAGUGCCACUCAUGAUGAGACAUACAAUGUGGUUCAUGCAUGAUGACGCUCCAGCCCACUUCAGCAUCACAGUUCCUACGAAAGCAUUGCUUACAUCGGUUUUGUUUUGGCUCUUUUUGACGCACUUGACUAUCGUUCUGGAUCAGUUUUUGAUAACAGAAUCUAUGUUAUGGAGGAUUAGUUCACUGAUUCUGCCACAUAGUGGUUUGCUUUAUGGAAUAGUAGCCUUCACGACUUACACGAAUUUCGAUGACUAUAGCGAAAAUUUGAGAAACAUCUGGCAACACACACAAGUAAAACCGCGCAAUUACAUUGGUCCUACCUCAUACUUAUGGCCGCGAUGGCUUUCUGAGCUGAUAACACUACGAGAUGCCCACAAUAUCGUUCACGCCGCAGAAAAAAUUUCUAUUAGCUUGAUUCUAUUUGUUUGGAUAUUACAUAUUAUUUUUUGGUAUUUACUAGCGGUAUACUUAGAUAAUGUUAACCCAGGAAAAUUUGGCAGCGCAAAGCCUUGGUACUAUUUAUUCAAAAAACCUGUUUAUGAUGACAAUGAUUUAAUUAUCCGAGGAUCAACUAACUGGUCAGCAGUGGAGCACACACCAUCAUACAUAAAGCCGUCUAUUCGAGUGAGAUGUGUUCGAAAGGAAUUUGGUAGGAUUGGCGAACGUAUUACAGCUGUAAACGAUGUAACAAUCGAUUUUUAUAAUCAAGAAUUCAGUGUUAUUCUGGGUCACAAUGGUGCCGGCAAAAGUUGUUUGUUAAAGAUAAUAAUCGGAAUGUACAAACCAACUCAUGGCCACGUUUACUUGGAAAAUGAAAGUUCUAUAUAUCCAAUUGGUUAUUGUCCGCAGGAAAAUAUAUUGGUAAAUUACUUGACGACGAUUCAGCAUCUCUAUAUAUUUGGUAUGAUAAAAGGAAUGACUUAUGAAGAUGCUUAUAAGGAAUCACUAAAGUUAUUAAAACAGUUGGAUUUAGAGUAUGUGAAGGAUACGAAAAUGAAAUCUUGCUCCUUUGGUACACGAAGAAGAAUUUGUUUAGCAAUGGCACUUAUUGGCAAUACUAAGAUCCUCAUUCUCGACGAACCUACAUACAGUAUUGACCCUGAGCACAAAAGACAAAUAUGGGAUUUACUUUUAGACAUAAAAAGAUAUAAAACGAUAAUAAUGGCAACGAAUUCCAUGGAAGCUGCAGAUUUUCUUGCUGAUAGGAUUGCUAUUAUUGCAAACGGAAGGAUCGAAUGUUACGGUUCAAAAAUGUAUCUGAAUCGUCGAUAUGGAAUCGGUUAUGUUUUGAGUUUAUUGAUACAAGAAGAUUGCAAUGUGGAGCAAAUUCGUACAGAAAUACAAGAAUUUUCAGCAGAUCCAAUUACUCUACGAAGCAUGAUGGGUUUAGUAAUAAGAUUUGAUGUGCCAAGGAAUAGUCGAUUUACCAAAUUACUCCAACAUUUAGAAUUUAACAAAGAAGAAUUAAAAAUUGUAUCAGUUGCACUUAGUGCUGCUAGCAUCGAGGGUCAAUUUCUUAGAAUAAGUUUAGAAAGCCAGUUUAAGGAACGCAGUGUAAAAUUACCUAGCAACAAAUACGAACUUAUUGUGCAACAGAGACGACGGCACUUGUUACAAACAGCUAAACCAUGGAAGCGCUUGACCGGAGACGCUUUAUGGCGGCAGCAAAUUCUUGCAAUGUUUUUAAAAAAAUUAUUACACAUCGCUUCGUCUUGGAAAAUAUACAUAUUUUCGAUUACUUUAGCAGUCAUUACUCUCAUCUUGGCCACUAUAAUCGCAGAAUUGAGCAAUUUCACACUAUUUGACACAACCGAGAGAGUAAUGAAUCUGACGAGUUAUAUGGACAACAAUUUUCACGUGCUAUAUUAUGCGGCCGAUGAUAAAUCUAUAAAAGAUUUUCUUGCAACAUUGUACGUUACUAGUCAAACCUACAGUGAGAGGCAUAAUUAUCAUAUCUCUAAAAACAUUCCCGCCACGGAUUUAAUGGUGCAACCUGACUUGCAUUCUAUAGAGUUUAGGGAUCGUUACGUGAUGUCUAUCGACAUGUACACAGAUGGACGCGUACAACUUAUGUAUUCGUCCACUGCAGUACAUAGUGGGCCAAUUGCAUUAAAUUUAUUACAUAAUGCGUUAUUACGUUACCAUUGCGGUUCAGACAAUUGUUGGAUCAAAUUGACUAGUCGACCAUUACUUCGUUCGGGGCAGUGGCAACAUUUAUUGGUUCAUACACGCAGCGUACGAAACUGGGAAAACGCUGCUAUAAUAAUAACUUUGUUCCUUCUUCUGCCCUCUAUUGAUAUGGGUAUACGAGAAAAAAAUACACGUUCAAAAAUGCUGCAAACUAAUGCGAUCGGUAUGUCUACGCGAAUCUAUUGGAUCCCGACGUAUAUUAUUGAUUUCCUUUUGUAUGCGUUCUCCAUAAUAUUCUUCGGAAUUACUAUUUUAAGUGUCUAUCACCGCACGUUGCACUUCUCAAAUUUAGAGAUUGUUCAAAUGCUAAUGAUAUUUCUAUGUUACGGAGGGUGCGCCAUUCCAUUAAGUUAUUGCGUACAACUUUUUACAAGAAAACCUGAAAAUGCGUACCUAAGUGUGAUACUGAUCAAUAUUGUAACCAUGUUAUUGGUAAACAGCUCCGUUAUAUUUCCAUUAAUAUUUCGAGUACUCAGCAGCGUUGUAAGAUACACUCUUGAAGUUCUUAUACAUAUAUUGCCACCAUACAUUCUAGCUUGUGCUUUAAGCAAUUACAUUACGCUGAAUUUAUAUAACAGACAGUGCAGUUAUUUUAAUACUUGCGAUACAGAAUUUUAUAUUGAAGAUCCAUGUUGUCAAAAUUGUAAAGGCAAAGAUUGUUACAAACACUUGGAUGUAAUGCUGAUUAAACAAUCCAGCUUUGAGUAUAAUCAUUCUGUCACAGACGAUAUACUUUUAAUGGUAUCCCUAAUGUUCGCCUUUUACAUACUGCUGGAAGUUUUUGAAGAAAAAAAUCGUAGAAAAUGGUAUAGUUAUUUUGUACCUCUCAAGAAAGAUGAUGAUAUUUUAGAAUCGGAAGUUAUGCAAGAAAAGAAGCGAGUCGAAGAAUAUAUGAAACAUUAUGACGAAACAAAAUUGCUUCCAUCGCGAGUUGCUCUCGUUGUCCAAAAUUUAACAAAAGAAUACGCUAAAGAAGCGAUAAUUCAAGGAAUCAAUUUUAGUAUCCACAAUCAAGAGUGUUUCGGUUUGUUAGGAUUUAAUGGUGCAGGAAAAUCAACAAUAUACAAAGCGCUAGUAGGUCAAAUAAAAAUGUCAGCUGGAAAAGCGGUGAUAUAUGAAUACGAGUUUACAAGAAAUCAAGAGAUGUUUGUAGGUAUGAUAGGAUACUGUCCACAAAUUAACGGACUAAGUGAUUUUAUGACUGGAAGACAAUACUUGCAACUUCACGCGGCACUUCGCGGUGUUCCAUAUGAAAGUAUCAACGAAGAAGUAAAUAAAUGGCUUGAUGUAUUAGAUAUGUUGGACUUUGAGAAUCUGAAAAUCGCUCACUAUCCUUGGGGAAUUCAAAGAAAACUUUGCAUAUUGCAAAGUCUUACCGGCGAUUUACCGAUGAUAUUUAUGGACGAGCCUUCUGCUGGGAUUGACAUAAUGACUAGACAUGCAAUCUGCGAAAUUUUGCAUCAGAUACGGGAGAUGGGAAGAUCUAUAUUAAUUACUACGCAUAGUAUGCCAGAAGCAGAAGCGAUGUGUUUGCGCAUUGGUAUUUUAGUUAACGGCCAAUUUACUGCAAUUGGAUCUUGCGAAUAUUUAAAGGCAAAAUAUGGUCGGAACUUUAUAUUAAAUAUUAAAAUAAUACCAGGAUACCAGUUUACAAAUCUUGAGAAAAUUAAGAAAAUCAUUAACGAGACUUUUCCAACAAUAAGAUUUAAAGAUAGUUACUUGGGUGUUCUUAAAUACGAAUUGGAGAGUGGGAUUUCGUACAGCUAUGUGUUUGAUAAACUCGAAAAGCUAAGACAGAGAUAUGUGUGGAUUACAGACUUCUCGGUUACUCAGCCGUCAAUGGAUGAAGUAUUCCUAACUUUAGCAAAGAAGCAAAGGAAAUCUCAAAAGAAGUUAACACUUUACGAACGACUACGUUCUUGCAUUAUAGAAUCAGGCUUUUGUGAGGAACGUUUUACCAAACGAGAAUGUUAUGCCGUCAGAGUCAUUCAAAAGACGACGCGGCAAAAUUGUUUCUUUCAGCAGGCAAAAGCUUGGCAAUCAUACGCUAUUAGCCUCCUCCACAGCCUGAUCCAGCACGCGCUCAGGCAACGUCGGUUGCGAAGGAUUACAUGCUUCGCGUUUCAACAAUGCGUCUCGCGGAUCAACAGGACGAUCGCUAACAGCUCGCAAUUUACAGGAACGGAGCCGAUCGCGCGCACACGCGCAGCCGGAUCGUUUCCACCAAAGACGAAAGACGAAAGACGAAAGACGGUUGAAGGGCAAUUAUCGUGCGAAGGGCCAUCAGGUAUUCUGUAG